AUGCAGUCCGCGCUGGUGCGGGCGUCCCUACGGGGACCCCUUCAACAACUUCACCAUUCGAGGCAAUUGUCGACCUCGGCGCGCAGCCUGCUGGCCUCGAGCUUCAACGGCAGUGGCGGGCCUCUACCUUCGUAUUUCCAGAAGCCUCGUCUUCCGGCCAACACGGUUGUGCGCUUCGUCCCCCAGCAGACGGCCUGGAUCGUAGAGCGCAUGGGCAAAUUCAACCGCAUCCUCGACCCCGGCCUGGCAGUCCUCAUGCCCUUUAUUGACCGCAUCGCCUACGUCAAGAGCCUCAAGGAAGUCGCCAUUGAGAUACCUAGCCAGAGCGCCAUCACGGCGGACAAUGUAACGCUGGAAUUAGACGGUGUCCUGUUCACCAGAGUGUUCGACGCCUACAAGGCCAGCUACGGCGUUGAGGAUGCCGAAUACGCCAUCUCGCAACUCGCCCAGACCACGAUGCGAUCCGAAAUCGGUCAGCUCACGCUCGACCACGUCCUAAAGGAGCGUGCCGCGCUCAACACCAACAUCACUGCCGCCAUCAACGACGCCGCCGAGGCUUGGGGCGUGACCUGCCUGCGUUACGAAAUUCGUGAUAUCCACGCUCCUGACGCUGUUGUUGAGGCCAUGCACCGGCAAGUGACGGCCGAGCGCUCCAAGCGCGCCGAGAUUCUCGACUCCGAGGGCCAGCGCCAGAGCGCCAUCAACAUCGCCGAGGGUCGCAAGCAGAGUGUCAUUCUCGCCUCAGAGGCUAUGCGCGCGGAGCGCAUCAACGAGGCGGACGGUGAGGCUGAGGCCAUCUUGCUCAAGGCGCGUGCUACGGCCGAGGGCAUUGACGCCGUCUCCCGCAGUAUCCUCAACGGCGCGGAGGGUGCCAAGGGUGCCAUCAGCCUGACGGUCGCCGAAAAGUACGUGGAUGCCUUUGCUAAGCUGGCCAAGGAGAGCACCGCGGUCGUGGUGCCCGGCAAUGUCGGCGAUAUUUCCGGCAUGAUUGCCACCGGUCUCAGCGUGUACGGCAAGGUUGGCGAGGCACAGGCCAAGACCAUGGCCAAGCAGAUUGUGCCCGCCCAGCCCAGCUCUUCAACGAGCGCUGCAGUCGAGGAUAUUUCCGAGGAGGACGCGGCCAGAAACCGCAAGGAGGCCAUGAAGGAAACGGUUCUAGAGGGGUUCAACGAAGCGGCCACUAGGAGAUGA